AUGGAAUAUGACUUACACAGGAAGAAGAAAGUCACAUCUCUUUUAAAAGCCAGCCCUUACACAGUGCAUGAUCGCGUUGAAUUUGCUGAGCUUACAAAACGUUUCUCAAAAGCUUUUAAGGAAAAAAUAACCAACCCUCUUCAUUUUGACAUCUGCUGGGGUUCCCCUUUCAAGCUGCGGCACGUGACAACUAUUUUGAAAGUCCAAGCCCCUUCUGUACAAUCAUUAGAAACCGAGAGGAUUUUGGAACGCCAGAGGCUUGAGAAAUCUGAACUCCAACGCAAGAUUUCAUGGGAUGGACAGAUUGAACUAAAAAGCAAGAUCUUUUUGGAGAGAAGACCACUGCCCCCUAGUGGUUUUAACUAG